AUGGCUAAGCCAGACGGUGACCUGGACCCACUAUGGCAGGACCUUGAUUGGGCUAUUGGCCAGAUGCUGUUGAUGGGCUGGGACGGCACCGAAGUUACACCGCAAAUACGUAGUCUCAUCGAGGAUCACCACUUGGGGUCCAUCAUCCUCACAGCCAAGAAUCUGAAAUCGGCUCAACAGGCGGCCAAGCUCGUCCAAGAGUUGCAAACCAUUGCCCGUGGGGCAGGCCAUCCAUAUCCCUUACUGAUUGCUGUGGAUCAGGAAAAUGGCGGUGUCAACAGUCUCUUCGAUGAGGACUACAUCUGCCAGUUCCCAAGUGCCAUGGGCGUGGCAGCAACGGGCAGCCUCGACAUGGCAUAUAAUGUGGCCAAGGCGACUGCGAAAGAGCUUUCGGCUGUCGGCGUCAACCUCAUCCUCGGCCCAGUCUUGGAUGUGCUGACCAACGCCCGUUACCAGCCCAUGAGCGUCAGGGCCAGUGGUGAUGAUCCUCAGGAGGUCUCUCAGUAUAGCAUUGCUGCCCUGAACGGCUACAAGGACGCCGGUCUGGCAACAUGUGGCAAGCAUUUCCCAACCUAUGGUAACCUGGAUUUUAGGGGCUCCAGUCUCGAUGUCCCAAUCAUCACACAAACUCUAGAAGAGCUUGGUCUCAGUGCCCUAGUGCCCUACAGGAACGCCAUCGCAACGGGAAACUUGGAUGCAGUGUUCAUCGGCGGCUGUGGCAUAGCGUCAGCUAGUAUGAAUGUGUCACACGCAUGCCUUUCGGACCAAGUAGUCGACGAUCUGCUACGUCAAGAGCUGGGUUUCAAAGGUGUUGCCAUCUCCGAGUGCCUGGAGAUGGAAGCGCUUUAUCAGGAGAUUGGAGUCAAAGGAGGCACUGUGAUGGCUGUUGAGGCGGGUUGCGACCUGAUCCUCCUAUGCAAGGAUUACAAUAUCCAGCUUGAAGGCAUCGCAGGAUUGAAGUUGGGCAUCGAGAACGGCAUCAUCAACAGGAACAGGAUCAUGACCUCCCUGAAGAGGGUUCUUGGCCUCAAGUCAUCCUGUACUUCUUGGGCCAAGGCACUCAACCCAUCCGGAGCCUCCCUUCUUUCCCAGAUACACCCCUCCCAUCUCACACUGUCCAGACAGGCCUACGACAACUCGAUUGCGGUCAUGCGAGACAAGGAUAGGCUGCUGCCCCUAUCCCAAUCCCUGGACCAGGGCGAAGAAUUAUUGCUAUUGACACCGCUGGUCAAACCCUUGCCCGCGUCGGCUGCAACGAAGGCGAUCGAGGCUAAGAAAGGGAACAGCGCUUCCUCCAUGCACGACAGAUGGACUCAUAGGGAGAGGGGUGCCAUAAUGAGCGGCGAGGGCGUCUUUCGGGAGAUGGGGAGGGCGCUCGCACGUGCAAGAAACGGCAAGCUUUUACACACCUCGUACACCGCCAAUGGUGUCCGCCCCGUGCAUGAGAAUCUCAUCAACAGAGCCUCGGGGAUUAUUAUCGUCACUGCAGAUGCCAACAGGAACCUGUACCAGUCAGGCUUUACCAAGCACGUAGCCAUGAUGUGCUCAAUGCUUCGGGCCAGCGGCCAAAAGAAGUCGCUGAUAGUUGUUGCUGUUAGCUCACCAUAUGACUUCGCUAUGGAUAAGAGCAUUGGGACAUAUAUCUGUACUUUUGACUUUACCGAGACGGCUAUGCAAGCACUUGUGCGAGCAUUGUUUGGCGAGUUCACGCCACAAGGAUCACUACCAGGUACGCUCAGGAAGAGCAAAAAGGUCCUGAAGUCGAGGCAGCAGUGGCUUGUCGAGAACUACGAAAAGGCACGAGAUGCACGGCCCCUGGAUGACCUGAUCAGAGGCGUCGCCAGGGCCAGUGCACCGACCCUCGAUUUCCUGAGGGCGACUUCUGCCUCGUCAUUCGACCUUUACAACGCCAACAUUGAAGAGUCACAUUUUGUUGUACGGAACAGCAGCACGAAAGCGCUGUACGGCUUCUGCGCGACAUAUUACACCCAGGGCAUUGGCAUCAUCGGUGCUCUCUUUGUGGACCCAACGAAGCGAAACGUCUCGAUCGGGCGCUCGCUUCACCGCCGCGCCAUCAGACAUAUUAUCCAAAAGCGCGGGAUCAAGAAGGUCCAGCUUGGCAUCUCCUUCCCCGGGGUCUUCCUCGGCAUUCCAGUCGAUGAAAGCACGGGGUUGAGGAGCUGGUUCAUCAACAGCGGGUGGGACGUACAGUUCCCCAGGCGGCUGACCAACAUGGCCAUCACGGAGCUGGGAAGCUGGAUGGUGCCCGAGGGCUUACUGCAGAGCAUCUCGCGGGCUGGCAUCAGCUUCGACCUGAUUCACGGGCUGGACAAUGCGGACAACGUGAUGGAGCACGUGCGAGCGCAGGCCAACGGCGAGGUGCUAGAGCUUUACAAGUCGGCGCUGCAGGAGGUCAAGACUUGCGGUGUGGUGCGGGCCAAGAACGGCGGCGGCAAGAUCCUGGGGACGGUGAUCAUCUGCAGCCCGGGCAGCUCGCUGUCGCACCUGAUGCCGAGCCUGCAAUCGACGUCGACGGGCUCCGGGCCGGGGGCUGGCUCGGAGGCGGUGGGCGGGAUCGUGGCGCCGCUAGUGGAGCCGACGACAGCUCAGGCGACGCUGGUGCUACAGGGCCUGGUGGUCAUGGGAGUACGGCAGAACAAGGCACACAAGACGGCAAGGAGCGUGCUGAGCUGGGUGACAGACGACCAGUACGAGCCGCUGCUGGCGAUGGGGUUCCAGGUGUUGCAGGUGUUUGAGGAGGUGACCAACUCGCCCGAGAAUUAUCCCAAGUGCUCGGGUCUGCCAAGCAACAAUUGUCUUGUUCGCAUGAAUUGGCUCUCCGGGGACGAGACACCAUACAGCACAGGCGCCGUGCUGUUGGUGCAUGGAAACCUGACUGGCGACUGGGCGGGUCCCGAUCUCGUGCGCCUGGGCCGUCGACACUCACCCACACCAAACCCACACCAAAACCCACACCCGCUUGCGCCUUGCAUAUCCUCUCCCACCACCCUCACGCUGCUUCCGGCACCAUUCCCGAGAAGCAGAGAAGCAGAAGCAGAAGAAGAAGUGAGCGGCAAGGCAAGCGACAAGCGAGCAGCGAGCAGCAGCCUCGGGAUCGGGAUCGACAGUCUCCACCCCACGCCCUCUCUUCCUUCAUUUCUGCGGACCAAAGGCCUGGGAAUGCGCCCGCGCCCGCGCCCGUUGACGCCCCUGCCCAUGGCCGCCAACAUGAACAGCGCCGCCGCCGUCGACAUCACUGUCUUCGACCAGGACCUCAACUUUGACGAGUCGCUACUUGACGGCGUAAACGGCCUCGCACCCCUCCCGUUCACGCCCUCGUAUGAGUUCGAGAACUUCAACACCUUCGAAGACCCAUUCUCCUCCUACCCCGCCCGCCCAGCCUACGAUGUCCCCGCCGACAACACCGAGCCCUUCAAUGAGGAGUCACCCUCCCAGGAGCUGGACAACAAGCUCCUCAGCUUCUCUGCCCCGAACCCCACGGCCCAGAUCAUCGAUGGCGCCGGGAUCCUGACGGACGUCGGCAUGACCGCCGAGCUCUACGGCAUGUUCUUCGUCGCCGAGGACGUCUUUGGCGGCGACACUGCUGGGCGACCCCUGGAGCUGACCUGCUACCGCAGGAAUCUGUGGCAGUGCUCCGGCCAGAUCAUCUUGCCGCGCAAUAUAAGUCAUAUCGUGGACGAGCAGUCGCAACAGAUACAGAUCUUUGACCUGGCCGCCUCCAUCACUGCGAUAGAAUCCAUCGAGGGGAAGGCCACAGAAAUUAUAUCAAUACCCUGGAAGUCUGCCGGCGAUGAGGGCUCCAAAUCGCCCACUGCGCCUCCGAACAUAGCCCUGGAUCUCUCCACCGGCCAGGAGCUGGACCAUAAUCGGGUCUCCCUGCCGGUAUCGUGGAAACGGCUACAGUUUAAGCAUGCGACAGCCAACAAUGGCCGGCGCAAGGGUCUGCAGCAACACUACGUCGUCCAGAUAAGCCUCCUGGGCAAGGCCAAGAGCGGCGAAUACCUCAAGCUCGCAGACAUACAAUCUGGGCCCGUCAUCGUCAGGGGCCGGAGCCCGAGGAACUUUGACAGUCGCAAGGACGUACCUCUGUCCGGUGACAAAAAGGCGGAGAGGAGAGGCACUAUGACGUCUUCAGACACGACGCCUGUUCCCAAGAUUGAGCGAGUGGGAGACCUGGCGCAAAAUAUACAAAAGUAUCAAUCGAUAGGGAAUGUGCAGCAGUCUGGAGACUGGGCAUCGCCCCAUUCAUACGUACCAGCAGGACAGCACUCUUCCAAGAAACUCGCACUAUCGCCCAAUCUCGGCCGACCACCUGUGCCGCCAUGGUCUUCGGAACCAUCGAUAUCCAAAGCAGGACAGCCGACAACGCCGAGGAGCAACUCGUUCCAACGCCCCGUUCCCUCGAGCCUACCAAUCAAUCUAUCCCUCUCCGAGGACGAGCGCAGCCCCAACCGCUCCAACUCAGACUGCACAUCACCGCAUCACGCGAAGUCAAUGGCGGCUGCCCACCUGCAAAAGAGCCCAGAGGACGACGAGGAACAGCUCUACGAAUAUUUCCCACUAAGUAUUGACGAUUGGCAACAGCCUGUCGACGCCAUCUACCGGCCUCACGUCGUACACCACGUGUUUGUGCCCCCCGAACUGAAGGCGCAGCAGGUCCGCAACAGGACCAAGCGCUACUUCUCGUCGGAUUGA